UUGUCUGUCCUUGAAUUGAAAAUGCAAGUUGCUUACACCAUGUGAUGGAUAUGUGAAGUGAUGAUCAAGUGUUAUAAAUAGGCAACAAACAUGUGUAGUCCUAACACAUUAAUCUCCCUUUAAUUAAUCAUUAUUAGCUUAUAGCUAAUUAAGUAGAUUCCAUAAAGAUAAUAUGGUAAGCCUUGUGUUGUUUCUACUAAUUGCUCUUUGUCCAGUUAUUAUGAUCAAAGCAUGGUCAUUCAGUAAGCCACCAUGUCCAAAUUGCGGUGACCUUGCAGUUCCAUAUCCACUCAGCACCAACGAUAAUUGUGGCGACUCCAGAUACAAAGUUUACUGCAACAAUAACAAGUUAGAAUUCUUGUCAGCCACAGGAAAUUACUAUAAGAUCCUUAAAGUUGACCCUUGUAAUAACAAGCUUGUUCUUCAACCACCCCUCAUACUCAAAGAAACUUGUUAUUCUUCUGAUGUUGUUGAUGGAGGGUUUCUCUUGGAACAAGACUUGCCCUUCAAUAUUUCUACACACAACACUGUCAUGUUGUUGAAUUGCUCUGAGAACAUCCUUCUUUCCCCUCUCAACUGUUCCUCAAACAGUAUAUGUAGGGUGUUUGAGGAUAAGGUUGAAGAGGGAAAAGGGUGUUUUGGUAAACUUUGCUGCCAUUACUUGAAAGAUUCAGCGAUGAAUUCUCAUAAGAUAAGAGUGAGGGUUGGAGGGUGCACAGCUUACACUUCCUUGGUUGAUUGGAAUCCUGAUUCUCCUCCUGACUCUUGGAAUUAUGGGAUUGAGCUUCAAUGGUUGCCUGCACUUAUUUGAUUUUAUUGGAUCCAUGCAUGCCAUGCAUGCAUGCAUAUUCCUGCAAAACCCUUUUCUUGUGUGGGAUCUUUUUAUGUUUGCUUUUUCAUGAUGAUGAAAUUGAUCGAUAUCAAGGUGCAAGUAUAGUAGUAGAGGUCCUAGCUUUUUGAAGUUUGUGAUGUUAUGCUGUUGCUUAGUUUUGGUUUUCGGCUUAGAAUAAUAAUAAUAAGCCAAAUUAUUGUUUGUUUUGCUUUGUUCCAUUUCUUGUUUGAAUAAGGAUUUAUAAACUUGGUCAUAAA